AUGAAGAUCCUCCAAAUCCUUGUCUGCGCCCUCUUGGUCGGAUACUCGAAGGCGUUUACUGCCAGUUCCCAAAAGAGGAGACCAACAACGGUGGCUCGUCCACAAUCCAGCACGGCCGCGUCGUCUUGGUUUGCCGAACCUUCCACAUCCGACGAUGAUACAGCAUCAUCAUCCAAUUUAUCCCUGGAACAACUCAAAGCCCAAAUUCUGCAAUUGGGUGCGGCAUUGGAUCGAGGACAAUCCUACAAUCCCACCAGUGGCAGUUACUACGAGACCAACAUGCAACUCGCCAAGGCCAAAAUUACACAAUUAGUCCAACAACAUCCCAAACCGGCUCUGACUUUGGAGCAAAUGGCAGGAGAAUGGGAAUUGGUGCUCAGUACAGUCGCCCACGGCAUUUUUCGAUCCAGUCCUUUUUUCUUGGCCAUUCAAGAAUCGUACGAACGAUAUGCCGAAGACGCCACAAUUGGCGAUGAACCCAAAGCCAAUCUCUUUUUUCGAUUGCACGAACUGCAAACGUGCUCCUGGGGUGUUUCCAAAAUUGGACGCGUUGCACAGACUAUUCGACCUUCCAAGGACAAUGCCGAUCAAUAUUAUCUCUACAGUGAAUUUGAUACAUCCAUCUUUAGUUUGACCGUCAUACCCAUUCUCGGGUGGUUCAAACUGCUUCCCACCUUUGGUGGAUGCGUCAUUACCGCCGCCAAAUGUGACACCAUGACACCAGACGAACCAGGUGUACUCAAAAUGGAGGUCGACUACACCACGAGUCGAAAGGUGCCAGGAUUGUCGGGGUUGCCGUUGAUUGGAGAUAGUAUUUGGAAAGUCAAGGUUCCCGUGGGUGCCAUCUGGAAGUUGCUUCCUUGGAAUCGGGGACGACCCGCAUCCUGUGAAGUCACGGUACGGUAUGUCGAUGACGACUUUCGAAUUGUGGAAGACGUUUCGGGGGACUUUUUCGUUUACACGAGGCCGGUGGUAGCACGGCCGCUCGAUGACGAUGUUUAA